AUGGACAUCAUGAUCGGGUCUUGUAAUGGAUUGGCUUGUUUUAGUAAAUCUAAUAAGGAUGUUCAAAGUGUUCCUUUCUUAGUCUGCAAUCCGUUAACCGGAGAAUCUAUCUUACUUCCAUAUAAUAAACUAAAGUAUUAUACAAGAACAAGGAUAACUUGUGGCCGUUUAGCAAGUGGAUUUGGCUAUUGUCCCUUAACUGAUGAUUACAAGUUUGUUACAAUAUAUUAUUGUCACGAAGAACGUAAGGGGCAUGUUCAUGUAUAUACUGUUGGUGGUCAUGAGUGGAGAUUCAUUGGAUUUGUAGGCUAUCACAGGUUUGAGCAUUCUACAGGUAUCUAUGCAAAUGGAACACUUUACUGGUUGCACCAGCGUGAUCAUGAUGAGGUUGUGGCCUUUGAUUUGGAAGGUGAGAAGUUCCGUUCAAUCCCAAUGCCACGUUAUGAAAAUUUUGAGAACAAAAAUGGUUUCCUCCGUUUCCGACGUAAAUUGCUUGGAGGGAAUAAUAAUUUGUAUCUUGCGCAUAUGUAUCAUCAUGCUGGCAGCGCUGACAUAUGGGUAUACAAAGAACAUGAUAUUAAUGCUGAUGAUGCUAGUUACGCCAUGAAAAAAGUGCAAUCUGAAACAAAACGACCACAACGGAAGUUCGUCAUGCUGGAUGAAAGAGUUCAGUAUACAGGAUAA